CUCCAAACAUGUACAUAUGGCUGUCCUGGUCGCCAUGAAAUCGUCUCUGCACUGCACUGCACCGCUUUGCAUCGCAGCAUUUCUGCCAUAUCCAGGCAUUCGGCUUGACUUGUCGCUACUAUGUCGGAGUUCAACAAAGCUGAUGCUCAGGACGUGAUUGACCACAAGACCGAGGUGGUCGAGGUCAAGACGCUCAAGGGCAGCGAAGCCUAUCACGAAGCAAAUGCCUUGGAGCCAUUGCCUAGGUUCCACCCCCGAACCAUCGCUUUGGCUGGAUGUCUGUUGCUGGGAUUUUUCUGUCAGACCGUCAACGGUUUCGAUGGCAGUCUCUUUGGAGGUUUGACCGCAAACGAUGAUUUCCUCGACCAUUUCCACGGCACGAAAGAUGGUGAAUGGGCUGCUUUGACCUCGGCCAUGUACCAGAUUGGUGCUGUCGUCGCUCUUCCAUUCGCGGGACCCAUCAUUGACAGCCUCGGUCGCCGCAUGGGUAUGAUCGUGGGCGCGGUGCUUAUCGUCGUCGGUACUAUCAUCAACGGUCUGACUAUGAACGCUGCCUCGGUGGAGCACCUGAACGGGCAGCUCAAGGGCGGUCGCUUUGUCCUCGGCUUCGGUGUCACCAUCAUCUCGGCCGCUGGUCCCAUUUACGUCGUUGAAACCGCCCAUCCUGCGAUGCGUUCCGUCAUUACCGCCUACUGCAACACCUUCUGGUUUGUCGGCUCCAUCCUUGCAUCGGGCGCCGUCCGCGGCGGUCUCAACCUCGCUGGUAACACGUCCUGGGCACUCCCUCUCUGGCUGCAACUUGUGUUCCCCGCGCUCAUCAUCAUAUUCGUGUGGUUUGCUCCCGAGUCGCCGCGCUGGCUGUACGUGCACGGCAAGACGACGCAAGCCAAGGAUGCGCUCGCAAAGUGGCACGGCUACGGUAAUCCAGAGUCGGCCUGGGUUAAGCUUCAGCUCUCUGAGUACGAGGAGUUCCUUGAGCUUGAUGGUGCUGACAAGCGUUGGUGGGACUACAGCGCUCUGUUCAAGACGAGCGCUAGCCGCUACAGACUUGCUUGCAACGUGUGCUUUUCCAUCUUCGCACAGUGGGCUGGCAACGGCGUGCUAACCUACUUUCUUCCUGCCGUGCUCGAGAAGUCUGGCUAUACAGAGAGUGUUGAGCAGGCUGAUAUCAAUUUGGGAUACGCGUGCUUCCAGUUCUUCUUCGCGCUUGUUGGCGCCGCAUUUGUCGAGAAGGUCGGUCGACGCCCCAUGAUGCUCGGUUCCAUGGCAGCCUGCACAAUCGUCUGGGUCGGCAUGACGAUUGCCUCUGCGCAGUUCAACAACAGCGGCGAGACCAACACCGACGCCGCCAGAGCCACUGUCGCAAUGAUCUUCAUUUUCGGUAUGGUCUACUCUAUCGGUAUCACCCCGCUCCAAGCUCUGUACCCGGUCGAAGUCCUCUCCUUCGAGAUGCGUGCAAAGGGUAUGGCUUUCUCCGCCCUGGCCGUUAACGCUGGUAAUCUGCUCAACCAAUUCGCGUGGCCCAUCUCGCUCUCCAAAAUCGGCUGGAAGACCUACAUUGUCUUCACUGUGUGGGACGGCAUAAUGGUCGGUAUCUGGUACUUCCUGCUGCCCGAGACCAAGAAGCGCACGCUCGAAGAGCUCGACCUUGUCUUCGAGGCAAAGAAUCCCGUCAAGGAGUCCCUGAAGAAGAAGAAGAUCGACUUCAGCGCCGAGGGACAGAUCGUGGCUGUCGAGAAGUUGUAGACAGGAUAUGCUGUUUAUCUGGAUCUGGGCCGCGUUUUGCAAGAUGUCUCGAAAGCCAAGAUUGUUCGUGUACCGAGCAGAUAUGAGGCAUAUCUCUCCUCUAGCUAUAGCUGUAGUGUUAAUAUGAUUUUAAUCGAC